AUGGCUUCUAAUUAUGGUGUAGGCUGGAAUGAUGGGACGGCAGGACCUCUCAUUCCCAGGAUGCAAGCAGUUUAUGACGUCAACUAUACUGUGGUGUCACUUAUAUUUGUUUUGGCCUGCGUAGGAUUUCUUACCGGUGCUUUCGCCAAUAUUCUGUUGACCCCAAAGCUAGGAUUUGGAAAAGUAAUGGUACUAGGGUCACUGUUCCAAGUCAUUGCCUAUACUCUGCAAGCUCCCGCGCUUCCCUUCCCUGUGUUUGUAAUCGCGUACAUGAUCAACGGGGUUGGUCUGGCUUUCCAAGAUGCGCACAGUAAUGGAUAUGUCGCCUGUUAUAAGAAUAACCCUGAGACUAAAAUGGGUCUUCUCCAUGCUGUAUACGGUGCUGGUGCGCUAUGUUCGCCUCUUGUUGCCACACAGUUUGCGCACUUGUCCCAUUGGUCCUUCCAUUAUUUGGUAUCACUCGGACUUGCGGUGCUGAACACCAUUUUCCUCUGGGCCGUGUUCAGGUUGAGAACUCAAGAUGAAUGUCUUGCAGACAUCGGAGAGUCCUCGGGAGAGAGGGGAGCUAGCCAGCAUAGUCCACUCCGCCAGAUCUUAUCGCUGAGAAACGUCCAUCUCCUUGCUUCGUUCAUAUUGGUAUACGUAGGGGUAGAAUUCACUCUUGGAGGCUGGAUUGUUACAUAUGUCAUCGAGUUACGCGGCGGUGGAGAAACUGCUGGAUACAUCUCAUCAGGUUUUUUCGCAGGUCUGACCGUUGGUCGCCUCGCACUAUUAUGGGUCAACAAACUGGUUGGUGAGCGACGUGUCCUCUUUUCUAUGCUCUCUUCGCGAUCGGUAAUCGUAUGGCGUGUCCCCUCGCUCAUUGGAAGUGGAGUAGCCGUAUCUCUCGUUGGCGUUCUCCUUGGACCUAUGUAUCCGAUUGUUAUGAACCACUCAACUCGCAUCCUGCCCCCGUGGCUUCUCUCUGGGUGCAUCGGAUGGAUCGCUGGGUUCGGACAAGCUGGCACCGCUGUUUUCUCGUUCAUCACUGGUGCAAUGGCAAAUACAGUGGGCAUUUCGAGUCUUCAGCCAAUGCUUGUCGCGAUGAUGGGGUUAAUGAUGGCAUUAUGGGCCAUCGUACCGAGUGAAAGACCCAAAAUGAUGUAA